AGCAAUCGUAUCCGGUGAAGAGAAUGGCAAUGACAAAAAAUCUUAUAUAAAUAUUGUAGAAAAUGACAAGCUGGAUGAUAUUUCUUAUUCUUCUUUGAAUUAAAAAAAUGCAGAAAGGUAUGUGAAAAAAUGUAGAGGGAUGUAGUUUGAUGUAUUAGCAUGUUAUCCUAUUCAGUCCAGUGUUACUUCAUAAGGAACUUCCCAAGAUGUUUUCGACUCAUUCAUCAGAGACCAAAGGCUGGAUUUCAAAGGAACUUUUCACAUUUUGGAUCACACUAUGAUAUACUAGGAGUCAGCAGAGAUGCUUCUUUGAAAGAAAUUAAGUCAGCAUACAUUUCCCUGUGUAAGAAGUUCCACCCAGACUCGAAUCCAGAUGACGUGGAAGCCCAGAGUAACUUUGUGAGGUUGAACGAGGCCUACACCCUCCUCAGUGAUCCCAAGAAGAGGUCCGAGUACGAUGAAACAAUUGGGGUUCACCGGAGGGACGCACCCAAUAAAGAGAGGAAGGCUCCAGAUUUCAGUCACCAUGACUUAAUUUGGGAAAUGAAUCACCGUUAUGAUAAGCAGAAAGACAUGACUGAGGAGCAGAUCUUAGACCAGAGACUGAAAGAGCAACAGAAACGGUACGAGAAAUGGUACAAAGAAUACCUUCUUAAAAAGGAGAGCCAGAAGUCUGACUGGCAAGCCCCGCCCCCCACGGAGGAAGAGAACGAGUUCAGGGAGACGGCAUCCGAGUACAAAGAGGCGUUUCACAGAGAGGGGGCUAAAGACCUGAAGGAGGAGGAAUUCUCCUGGCCUGUGUGGUUUGGACUGUUACUUCAUGGCUCCGCACAGCUUGGAAUCUUCCUGGUGUGUAUGUACGGGAUGUACAGGAUGGGGCAGGAGACUGGUUAUAUAGAAAAGAAGAAAAAAUCUGAUUAGAAUUUUUAAUUUAAUGAUUCAGUGUAUUUUGUGAGGGUGUCUAUUUAUUUGGUGUUCUUGCCAAGAGCUGGAUAAUCCUUAAACUGUGGUGUGGAUAUUCAUAUACAUAAUUACUAGUAUUUUAUGGUUUUCACUCAUGUGGAUGUUUAAGGAAAUGUCCUGAGUGAUGAUAAACUUUAAUUAAAGAUGAUAUUGCAGGAAAACCUUGAUAUUUUCUUUUAAUAAUUUGCAAAUAAAAAUAAUGACUUUUUUA